AAUCCGACAGUUGGAGACAGCGUAAGGCAUAUAUCCAAAUCCAGCACUCCCCACUUAGUUCACAUCGUCAUUUGUUUUGUCUCCAACUGCUGCUUCUCGUACAUGUUGAUCCUUCUAUUAUAAUCGUGUUCCUCCUCUCCGCAGAGCUCGGGAGCAGCUGCUGAUCUUCAUCGGAUUUUGAGAUGGGUUCGAGACGAUCAGAGAGCUCUGCGGCAAACAAGGAUCGCCUGCGGUGGACGCAAGAGCUGCAUGAUAGGUUUGUGGAGGCAGUUACUAAGCUUGGUGGCCCUGAUCGGGCAACACCAAAGGGUAUCUUGAAAGCUAUGAGUGUUUCCGGACUGACCAUCUACCACAUCAAAAGCCAUUUGCAGAAGUACAGAAUCUCAAAGUUCAUUCCAGAGUCGACGAGCAAAGGCAAGCUUCAGAGAAAAAACAUUACGGAAAUGCUGCCUAAUUUUGGUACAACAUCUGCAGCUCAGCUCAAUGAAGCCUUCAAAAUUAUGCAGAUACAGUUACACAGGAGACUCAGUGAUCAACAUGAGGUGCAAAAGAACCUGAAACAUAAACUUGAAUCCCAAGGAAGGUUUCUUGAAAGAUAUUCAGCAGAACGCCAUAACACAAACAAGAACCGUCCUAUCGUGAUCACAAAACCUAGAAAAGCACCCUUGUCGCGGACAUCGCUCCCUUCUCUCUGUGACGACUCAGAAUCAAAUGCAAAGGACUUUGCAUCCGAAUCGGAGCCUGACAGAAGCGAAACACAGUCAUCUGCAGAACAAUUCCAAACUCUGAAGAAGCUCAGGCUGCACCAUCAUCAAAAUGACCCUAAUGUCCAGUUUGCACUUAACUCAGAGUUGUAUACUGCUCAAAGCCACAGCUUGCUUCUACCUCAUGAGGAGGACCACAUCAGCUUUCCUUGGAACUUUGCAGCCUGCUCAUCUCCUUUAGCAGUGCCCAGCUGCUUUCUAUAAAUAAAUUUUGAUGAGUGCCAUGUGUUAAUAUAUAUACAGUUUGCUACGAUAAAGGUGAUAUUUUGAUUUUGUUGCUUCCAUUUUGCUUUGCUUGGAAGUUUGUGGAAGCAAUCAAAAUAUCCAUCAUAGUAUAGUUUUGUAGUUGAAGAUGUUUCCUAAUAAGAUCAUCAGCAUGAUCUUGGCACCACUUUCUCUAUUGCCAAAUGGAUGACUACAUGUAUAAAUAUAAAUAUUCGAUAUGGGAUUUAGGCUGGUUUUGUUUCUGAAAUAAACUCACACUAUACUACAAUGGUAUUGUAUUCUU